GAAUUCUAGAGGUUUUACACUGUGUGUUGGUGGAAAGCCCAGAAGCUCUAAACAUUAUUAAGGAAGGACAUAUUAAAUCGAUCAUCUGUCUUUUGGAUAAACAUGGAAGAAACCAUAAGGUUUUGGAUGUUUUGUGUUCUCUCUGUGUUUGUCAUGGAGUAGCUGUGCGGUCUAAUCAACAUCUAAUCUGUGAUAAUCUCCUGCCAGGAAGAGAUCUGCUCUUACAGACGCGCCUUAUCAACCAUGUGAGCAGCAUGCGACCCAACAUCUUCUUGGGGAUUAGUGAAGGCUCUGCCCAAUACAGAAAAUGGUACUAUGAACUUAUGGUGGACCAUCUAGAGCCCUUUGUGACUGCAGAAUCAACUCAUCUACGAGUGGGCUGGGCUUCAACAGAGGGCUACUCACCGUAUCCAGGGGGAGGAGCAGAAUGGGGAGGAAAUGGUGUUGGUGAUGACUUGUAUUCCUAUGGCUUCGAUGGUCUGCAUCUGUGGUCAGGUUGUGUAGCACGAACAGUAAAUUCUCCCAACCAACAUCUAUUAAGAACUGACGAUGUUAUUAGCUGCUGUUUGGACCUGAGUGCUCCCAGCAUCUCUUUCCGGAUAAACGGUCAGCCAGUUCAAGGAAUGUUUGAGAAUUUCAACAUAGAUGGCCUCUUCUUCCCAGUUGUCAGCUUCUCUGCAGGAAUAAAGGUACGUUUCUUGCUUGGAGGUCGCCACGGAGAGUUCAAGUUCCUUCCUCCACCUGGAUAUGCCCCUUGCUUUGAAGCUGUCCUACCAAAAGAGAAGCUGAAAGUGGAGCAUAGCCGAGAGUACAAGCAGGACCGUAGCUAUACAAGAGACCUACUAGGUCCUACUAUCUCUCUGUCACAAGCAGCUUUCACUCCAGUUCCUGUAGAUACUAGCCAGAUUGUUUUGCCUCCCCACCUGGAAAGAAUUAGAGAAAAAUUAGCAGAGAAUAUCCAUGAACUAUGGGUUAUGAACAAGAUUGAACUUGGCUGGCAGUAUGGACCAGUUAGAGAUGACAACAAAAGACAACACCCAUGCUUAGUGGAGUUCUCAAAAUUGCCAGAGCAGGAAAGAAAUUAUAACUUGCAAAUGUCACUUGAAACACUGAAAACCCUGCUGGCAUUAGGCUGCCAUGUUGGAAUUGCUGAUGAACAUGCUGAAGAAAAAGUAAAAAAAAUGAAACUGCCAAAGAACUACCAGUUGUUGAGUGGAUAUAAGCCUGCUCCCAUGGAUCUGAGUUUUAUCAAACUGACCCCCUCUCAAGAAGCUAUGGUGGAUAAACUAGCAGAGAAUGCUCACAAUGUGUGGGCAAGGGACCGUAUAAGGCAAGGCUGGACAUAUGGUAUCCAGCAGGAUGUGAAAAAUCGACGAAAUCCGCGCCUUGUACCUUAUGCUCUUUUGGAUGAUCGGACAAAGAAGUCAAACAAAGACAGUCUUCGAGAAGCAGUCCGUACCCUGCUAGGCUAUGGUUACAACCUGGAAGCUCCUGAUCAAGAUCAUGCAACAAGACUGGACGUGUGCAGUGGGAUAAUGGAAAAAUUCAGGAUCUUCCGCACAGAAAAGACUUACGCAGUGAAGGCUGGGAAGUGGUACUUUGAGUUUGAAGCAGUUACUGCAGGAGACAUGAGAGUCGGCUGGACCAGGCCGGGUUGUCUGCCAGAUCAGGAACUUGGCUCAGAUGAAGAAGCUUUUGUUUUUGAUGGCUUUAAGGCACAGCGGUGGCAUCAGGGUAAUGAGCAUUUUGGCCGCUCUUGGUUGGCAGGAGAUGUUGUUGGAUGUAUGGUUGACAUGAAUGAGCACACUAUGAUGUUCACUUUAAAUGGUGAAAUCCUGCUUGAUGACUCAGGAUCAGAACUUGCAUUCAAGGACUUUGAAGUUGGUGACGGAUUUCUACCUGUGUGCAGCCUGGGCCCAUCACAAGUGGGAAGAAUGAACUUUGGAAAAGAUGUCAGCACUCUAAAAUAUUUCACUAUCUGUGGCUUACAGGAAGGGUAUGAACCCUUUGCUGUUAAUACAAACAGAGACAUCACCAUUUGGCUGAGUAAAAGGCUACCUCAGUUUCUACCAGUGCCGCAAAAUCAUGAACAUAUUGAGGUGAUGAGAAUUGAUGGCACCAUAGACAGCUGCCCCUGCCUGAAGGUCACACAGAAGUCCUUUGGUUCACAGAACAGUAAAACAGACGUCAUGUUUUUUCGAUUAAGCAUGCCCAUUGAAUGUGCUGAGGUGUUCUCCAGAUCAGCUGCAGGAGGGUUACCAGGCUCUGGUCUUUUUGGCCCGAAGAAUGACUUGGAGGAUUAUGAUGCUGAUUCUGAUUUUGAGGUUCUAAUGAAAACUGCUCAUGGUCAUCUAGUUCCUGACCGGACAGAAAGAGAAAAAGAUGCCACAAAACCAGAGUUAAACAACCAUAAAGAUUAUGUUCAAGAAAAGCCUUCACGUCUUAAACAAAGAUUUAUGCUCAGGAGGACAAAGCCAGAUUACAGCACAAGUCACUCUGCACGGCUUACUGAGGAUGUGCUAGCAGAUGAUAGGGAUGACUAUGAUUAUUUGAUGCAAACUUCCACGUACUAUUAUUCAGUGAGAAUAUUUCCUGGUCAAGAACCUGCUAAUGUUUGGGUGGGCUGGAUUACAUCUGACUUUCACCAGUAUGACACAAGCUUUGACUUGGACAGAGUGCGGACUGUCACAGUUACACUGGGAGAUGAAAAAGGGAAGGUUCAUGAAAGUAUAAAACGCAGCAACUGCUAUAUGGUGUGCGCAGGAGAGAGCAUGAGCCCUGGACAAGGACGUAAUAAUAACGGUCUGGAGAUUGGUUGCUUGGUUGAUGCUGCCAGUGGCCUGCUGACCUUCACAGCUAACGGCAAGGAACUAGGCACAUACUAUCAG